CUCUUGCAAAAGUAGUGACCGGCCCCACGCUUGAAUCGGUAGGGAGUUAACAUCCUUCUGUUCCUCUUCUACGAGGUCAUUUUUGUAAUUACGCAUCCCUACCUUCGUCAAUAAAUGGGGUCUACCGCGACCAGAAUCUUAUCACAGGCAGGACGGUAUUCCACCACCUUAGACAUUGCCCAAGCCAUCAAUUUGCUUCCGAUUCUCUUCAUCAUCUCCAUCAAUGGCGGAGAAGAGCAGAAUUCUUGUCAUCGGCGGGACCGGCUACAUCGGGAAGUUCAUCGUCGAGGCCAGCGCCAAGGCCAGCCACCCCACCUUUGCCCUGGUUCGUGAGAGCACCCUGUCCGACCCAGCUAAAGCACCGGUUAUUGAGAAGUUCAAGAACCUCGGCGUCACUCUGGUCCAUGGAGAUAUGUAUGAUCAUGAGAGUCUAGUGAAGGCGAUCAAGCAAGUCGAUGUCGUGAUAUCCACUGUGGGCUCGAUGCAGCUCGCAGAUCAGACCAAGAUCAUAGCUGCCAUUAAAGAGGCGGGGAAUGUCAAGAGAUUUUUCCCGUCGGAGUUCGGGAAUGACGUGGACCAUGUCAAUGCAGUGGAGCCUGCAAAGUCGGCGUUCGCACUCAAGGCCCAGAUUCGCCGGGCUGUAGAGGCGGAAGGGAUCCCGCACACGUAUGUUGCAAGCAACUGUUUUGCCGGUUACUUCAUCCCGACAUUGGUUCAGCCCGGAGUCACCGCCCCACCUAGAGAUAAAGUCAUCAUCUCAGGAGAUGGCAACCCGAAGGCAAUCUUCAACAAGGAAGAAGACAUCGCGACGUACACCAUCAGAGCCGUGGACGACCCUAGAACAUUGAACAAGACGCUCCUGCUCCGGCCUCCAAAGAACAUUUACUCAUUCAAUGAGCUCGUCGCCCUCUGGGAGAAGAAAAUUGGGAAGACACUCGAGAAGAUUUAUGUCCCCGAGGAGCAGAUCCUGAAGGACAUUCAAGAGGCCCCGCUUCCGAUCAAUAUAUUCUUGGCUAUCAACCACUCGGUCUUUGUGAAGGGGGACCACACCAAUUUUGAGAUUGAUCCUUCUUUUGGGGUCGAGGCAUCCGAGCUGUACCCAGACGUGAAGUACACUACAGUUGAAGAAUAUCUCGACCUAUUCGUGUGAGCAGUUGCAUACAUUUGGUCUGCUUAAUUAUGAGAGAAUCAUCUUCCCGUUGUCGUAUGGUCUGAUAAACACUUUAAUGUAAUUUGAGAGGCAGAGUGUUUCUUCUUCACCUCCUUAUGUUUCUCGGUUGAAGACUUGCAGUUCAAUGAGAGUACAAAAAUUAUAUGUAAUUAUUAUGCGUUAUAGAUCUUUAUAUAUCAGCAUUUUCGAUC